AAUCCCAUUUUUAUUCUAUCGUGGUUUUUUUAAAUCAUCUUUUGAUUUGGUUUUGAUUUUUUUUAUAUAAGAAAAGAAAAGGCUGGUAAAUGGGCCAUGGCAAAUUGGCAAUCUUCAUUUCACACACCCACUUUUGUUCUUUCUUCCACUAUUCAUACCCAACCUCUGUCUUUCCUUCUUUCCUUCUUCCUUAAUCCUCACUACAAGUCUACAACUACCAAUUCAGGGAAAUCAAUCAUCGCCCUUUUCUUCUCAGAAUAUUUACCUCUACCCAUUUUGUAAAAGACCUCUUCUUUCCACUCCUUUUGCGAACUAGCUUCUGCCUUGGGUAAUGAGAAGUUAGACAUCUGAGAAAAUCUGGAAAUGGGUUCUGGAAAUUUCCUUAAGACAAUAAUCAGCUUGAAGAAAGGGAAGGAGGAGAAUUCAAAACAUGUCAAGGGCUCUGCCGCUCCUGGAAAAUCAAAUGGCUUCAAAUGGAAGAAAAACCCACUUAAAGCAUGUGCUAGUUCUGCUGGUGGAAUUCCUGGCACUCUUGGUUUGCCUAUUGAGGACCUAGCAGCAAUCAGGAUCCAGACUGCAUUCAGGGCCUAUGUGGCUAGAAAAGGUUUACGUCGUCUGAAAGGGAGAGUGAGAUUACAGAACCUGACCCAAAAUUAUUCUGUUAAAAAGCAAGGUACAACUACAUUGAGCUAUCUUCAUGCUUGGAGCAGAAUAAAAUCUCAGAUCAGAGAUCGGCGACUUUGUAUGGUCACAGAAGGCCGGCUUAAGCAGAAGAAAUUGGAGAAUCAGUUGAAACUUGAGGCAAAGCUUCAUGAUUUAGAGGUGGAAUGGUGCGGUGGAUCAGAAACAAAGGAUGAAAUUCUUGCAAGGAUAUACCAGAGAGAAGAAGCAUCAGUUAAGCGGGAGAGGGCCAUGGCAUAUGCCUUUUCUCAUCAGUGGAGGGCCAACUCAAGUCCCAAUGGGCUCGGUAACUACGAACUUGGCAAAGCCAACUGGGGCUGGAGCUGGACAGAAAGGUGGAUUACUGCUCGUCCAUGGGAAAUACGUGUAGCUUUCCAGUCCAGCAGUCCAAAGAAAAUGCAAAAUAGAUCAACAAUCAAGUCUGCCAAAAGCAUCAACUCACCAACAACAAAGACACCAGUUCCAGCAAAAGCUGCUCUGUCAAAUGGGAAAGGAACAACAAGGCCAGCCAGAAGAUUAUCAUAUCCAGCUGCUGAAAAGCCAGCUAAACAUGAAGGGAGUAGUAAAGCUGCAGAAGAAGUUAAGGACACAACAGAACAGAUUGAGUUGUCUAGCCAAACUCGAGGAACAGAUUGAAAGAGCAUCCAUCUAUUUCCGUUAAUUAUGUUGCAGAUGAGUGGUUGUAUCCGUUUUGUUUAUUUUAUUUAUUAUAUGAUUAAAUCUGAUUUUGUGCAUAGGCAUGAUCAAAAUAAUGUUAUGCCUGCUUUUGAGCAUAUAAUUAUACAUCAGUGAGCAUACCUAGAUUUGAAGUCUGAGUGAUAAACUAUUUUAUGUUUCUUUUCUAUUUUGUAUCUGUAUAUCCUGAAAACAAAGAAUAUAUUUAUAAUGUAUAUAUGUUUUUGUCGGGUGA